CGAGCGAGGCUUCCUAUUGGCCAUCGCUGUGACUGACAGCUCGGGAGCCAACCAGAUGCCGCCAUUCUUCCCCUGUAGCCAAUGAGAGGCAGGAGGCGGGCGGCGGCGCCAAGCGUGAGGCUCAGUUGAAUGUGCCGGGGCGGCGGCUGCGGGAGAACAACAUUUUAGAAUGCCAAAAAUGAUUGUGGAAAAAGAAGAAAAGAAGGCAGAAAAAAGAAAAAAACUGAAGCAACAUGUGGCCCAGAAGGAUGAGCUGGAAUUGAAAACUAAACCAAAGAAGAAGAAGCAAAAGCUGCAGGCUACAAAAGAAGAGGAAGAAGUUAUUGCAGAGGAAGAGGAAGAACUUACUCCAGAGGAAAAGAGAAAACUGGAAAGAAAAUUAAAAAAAGAACGCAAGAAGAAGGAGAAACAGCUGAUGAGGGAAGCUGGAAUCCCCAUUAAAAAGGUGGAACCCAAAAAGCCAUCAGGAUCUGAGCGGGCUCUGGCCUAUUUAACCAGCUGGUCUAAAACCCCAGAAGAAUGGAAGUUUCAAAAGACAAGACAGACGUGGCUUCUCCUGCACAUGUAUGAUAAAGAGAAGGUUCCAGACAAGUAUUUCACCAUUUUACUGGAUUAUCUGCAAGGGCUUCAGGGCAGUGCACGAGACAAAACUGUGCAGAAAGCUGAAGCUUUUAUGAAGGAGUUUGAUGGUUCUGAUGGAGAAGAUCCAAGCCUGCUGGAGAAGUGCGAGCGCAUCAGACAAGUUCUGCAGCUGCUGUCCUGAGAGUAUUUCUGUGUCAUAAUUGUUGUCUGGUGGAGGGAAGGAGAGGAUGUCACACACAGAGGCUGUAAAGGAUUUGUAAAGAUAAUACUAAAUUUUAUACUUGCAAAAUUUUCCAUUUGAAAGUAUUUAUCGUGUUUGGAGGUGAUGAAAUAAAAAUAAAAUAUAUAGCCCAUA